UGAGAGUUCAUUUUAUGCUAUGACUGGAGAGAGAAACUGAGAAAGUUUAUCUGCAACUUCCGAUAGCUCCCUUAUACGGGCAAUUGAGUGAAAAUGGCAAUGGCUGGGCCAGGAGUCGUGCCAACAGCUGUGUGUCGUUUUUAUAGAACAAGUACCGGUUGUAGAUUUGGUGAUAGAUGUUGGUUUCGUCAUUCUGAUGGUGGUGACAAUUCCCCAUUAACCACUGGCACCAAUCCAGGAUCUACUAGAAUGUGUCGAUUUUUUCUAUCACCAACUGGAUGUAGAUAUGGUAAUUCUUGUCAUUUUCGACAUAUUACCCCAGAAUCUGAUGAACGUGAUAUUCAGGAGCUGUCUACUACUAUGAUGAGUGGUUUGAUUAUAGCUGGUAAUAUAGAUGAUAAUGAUUAUGAUGAAUAUGAUAAUGAUGAGAAUAAUAAUACUAGUAAAGAUGAUUCUCUAAGUUCACCAUUAUUAGACGAUGGGAAAGAAGAUGAAGAAGGGGAAGAGAGAACUGUUACUUGUGGUGAAUGUAAAGAAGUGAUAACCAGUAAGAAUGUAAGAAAAGCUUUAACCAGACAUUACAUGUCAAUGUUUCUAGCCUUUGAUAAACCUCAUACUCAGUUUAUUAGUCAAGAUUGGAGGUUUUACAGAGAAGUUAUGUGUGAUACAUGCUUUAUACCAUUUGAUAACUCACUGUCAAUGUUUCGUCAUAUUUGUGAUAAAUCUAAGUUAAAGAAGAGAGAUGGUCCUGAACAUAGAUUAGACUUACAGUCAAUCGUUCAUGAAUUUGUUACUAGGGAUCUUGGUGAAGGUGAUGAUAAAGUCGUCACAUUUAAGCAAAUGAUAAUGGCCUUGCUGACAGAAGAUGAUGUUAAUGAUGAUGAGGGAAACUUUAAUCCUGAGGAUGUUGAAUUUUAUGGACGACCAUUACGACAAACAAGUACCCUUGAAAAAGCCAAAAAUCUAGUGAAGCAUCAAGCUCUGGAUGAUGAAAGAGCUGAGAAUUUUGGAUUUACUGAAGAUGAAGUCAUGGAGUUAUUAUGCCAAGGAAUUAAACCAUGGGAUCCAGAUGCAUAUGAUGCUCUUAAUGUCUUGUAUGAUUAUCAUUAAGAUAAGCAUGUGCUAUCCACUUUACAACUGAUACAACAAAGUGAUUCAUGACAUUAUUUCCUUUGUCUGAUUUGAUUGAGGAAAAACUUGCUGGCAAGAACCAGGAACGAAUGAAUUCAGCUGAAUUUUUUCUGAAUGUGCUAACAACUCAAUGAAAUGUAUAAUUUGUUAAGAUAUAUUUUGAAGUUCUAGUCAUCCUUAUUUAUGACAUAAUAAAAUUUUCUAAUUUCUAAUCAUA